UGAAGACAGGAAAAAAAAAGAUGGUGACAUGACAAUUGCGGAAUCCUCCUCCAGUGUGCGAACUGGGAACAUAGAUUUUGCCGGUGAAAAUUGCCUGUUCGUUUUCUAUUCGACUGCCCGUGCUUUCAGUGAGUAGAUGAUAUCCGACUCCUCAUCAUCAGCGGCAACCCCGUCAUCGUCAUCAUCGUGGGCAUCGUGAUCGUGAACAGGAGGGAGAGGGGGCGCGGGAGAUGGCGGCAGCGGUGGCGGGUUGGUCGGGGGAAACGCUGCGCAACUAUGCGGUGCUAAGCGGCGGAGUCGGUGCGCGGAACGGCAGCGUUGCGCGGUCGUCCGCGUGUUGCUCGUCCUCGUGCGCGGCGGCGGCAGCGUUGGCCAAGCGACGCGCAGCUGGAGGAGGAGGAGUGGUGGAACGACCUCUGCGCUGCCGUGGAGUGGGAGCGGGCGUCGGGGUGCGCGAUGGCGGCCUCAGCACGCAACUUGAUAGCCUGUGCCUUAAACGGCAUUGCCAAGUGUUCUUCGACCAGGCGACGCGGAGCGGCAGCGCCAGAGAGGGGGAGAGCAGAGGGAGAAGGAGGGGGCGCAGGCGAGGGGGUCGGCGGACAACAUGCGAGGCCACUGCAGCGGCUUCGUCGGUGGAAGAGCGAGCACUAGCGGCGGCGGAAGCGGACGCGUCAGCGGACAAUCCCACUGACGCAGACGACCGCUAUGGAAGACAGUUCUUCCCCCUCGCUUCUAUCAUUGGGCAGGAGUCGAUCAAGGAAGCUCUGUUGCUGGGUGCCGUGGAUCAAUCGGUUGGUGGCGUUGUGAUCUCGGGUUGUCGAGGGACGGGGAAGACGGUGAUGGCACGUGGCCUGCAUGCAAUCUUGCCGCCUAUUGAAGUGGUGGAGGGGAGCAUCUGCAAUGCGGAUCCCAACAAGCCCGAAGAGUGGGAAGAUGGGCUUGCGCAGAGAGUGGAGCGCAAUGAGGAUGGGUCGGUGAAAGUUCGGGUCGUCAAGGCACCCUUUGUACAGGUCCCUCUGGGGAUUACAGAGGAUCGGCUGAUUGGAUCCGUGGACGUGGAAGAGUCGAUGAAAGCAGGGAAAUCGGUUUUCCAGCCGGGUAUUCUCGCGGAGGCACAUAGAGGGGUGCUGUAUGUGGAUGAGCUCAAUUUGUUGGAUGAAGGGAUAAGCAAUCUGUUGCUCAAUGCUCUGGCCGAAGGCAUGAACACAAUUGAAAGGGAGGGAGUGAGCUUCAAACACCCCUGUAAGCCGCUAUUAAUAGCAACGUACAAUCCAGAGGAGGGAAGCCUGCGCGAACAUCUCGCCGACAGAAUAGCAAUGAACCUGAGUGCAGACGUGGCUCUCUCAUUUGAUGAUCGCGUAAGCGCUGUGGAUAUCGCGUCGAGCUUUCAGGAUAGAUCCAGAGAAAUCGUCGAUGAUGCUAAGGAAGCCACCGAGAAUGCUAAAACACAAGUCAUCCUUGCGAGGGAGUGGCUGAAGGAUGUCCAGAUCGGGACAGAGCAGAUCAAAUACCUGGUCACGGAGGCAAUACGUGGUGGCUGUGAGGGUCAUCGGGCAGAGCUCUUUGCCUUACGGGUUGCAAAAGCUUCAGCUGCUCUGGAGGGACGAGAUCGCGUCAAUCCGGAUGAUCUACGGAAAGCCGUACAAUUAGUCAUUCUUCCCCGAUCAACAGUAGUAGACAUGCCGAAUGACGAGCAACAGCAGAAUCCUCCACCACCACCACCUCCACCUCCACAAAAUCAGGAUCAAGACGAGGACCAGGAGGAGGACGAGGAAGAGCAGGAAGAGGAAGACGACGAGGACAAAGAAGAGCAGGCAGAACAGGUGCCCGAGGAGUUUGUGUUUGAUGCAGAGGGAGGUAUAACUGAUCCCAAGCUGUUGUACUUCGCCCAGCAAGCUCAGAGAAGGAAGGGCAAGGCAGGGCGUGCAAAGAAUAUCAUUUUCUCCCAAGAUAGAGGGAGAUACAUCAAACCGAUGCUUCCGAAGGGUCCCAUAACAAGACUAGCAGUAGACGCAACCCUGAGAUCAGCAGCACCCUACCAGCGGCUCAGACGACAAGUGGCAGAAGAAAGAGGUGUGACGAAGAAGGUCUACGUGGAGAACGUGGACUUGAGAGUCAAGCGCAUGGCCAGGAAGGCUGGUGCUCUGGUCAUCUUUGUCGUAGAUGCAAGUGGCAGUAUGGCUCUGAACCGAAUGAAUAACGCCAAAGGUGCGGCUCUUCAGCUACUGGGAGAAAGCUACACAAGUAGAGAUCAGGUCUGCAUCAUUCCCUUCCGUGGCGAGGCAGCAGAGGUUCUUCUUCCCCCAUCCCGGUCGAUCACCAUGGCCAAGAAAAGACUUGACAGAUUGCCAUGUGGAGGUGGUUCCCCACUUGCUCAUGGCCUCACAACGGCUGUGCGCGUGGGAAUGAAUGCCCAAUCCUCGGGCGAUGUAGGGAGGGUGAUGAUUGUCGCAAUCACAGACGGCCGAGCAAAUGUUUCACUAAAGAGGUCACUGGGCGAAAUCGAGUCCGUGGGACCUGAUGCUCCCAAGCCAACUCAGAAGGAGCUCAAGGAUGAAAUCAUCGACAUUGCUGGCAAGAUCUUCAAGUCCGGAAUGUCUCUCUUGGUAAUCGAUACAGAAAACAAGUUCAUCUCCACAGGUUUCGCCAAGGAAAUAGCCAAAAUUGCUCAAGGGAAAUACUACUACCUACCUAAUGCAUCAGAUUCUGUGGUCUCAGCUGCAACACAACAAGCUCUGACAGAGUUCAAGGCCUCAUGAUCUCCUUCGUUCAGAAAUAAAUAAGUUAUUAGAGACGAAACAAAACAAGAAAAGUCCUUUGUAUGAUUGAAUUGGAAGGGCUUCGAUAUCCCAAAUUCCCAAUUAUUCCCAAAAAAACACUGCUUCAAAAAAUGUCUUAAAUUCUUCUUGAGAAAUUUUGACCUUUCGGAAUACACCAAUUUUGGCAACUUGGCAAUUUUGGAAUUCAAGGUAUUGAAAUU